AUGCCGUCGUCCGCGAACAAUCCCAAUGAUCGGGAGGAUCCCCGUGACUGCAACCCCAUGUUCAAGCGCCUGCCCGCCGAAGUGGUCGCUCGUCGCACGGACCGCGGCGGCAAGAAGGCAGCCGCCCAGGAGAAGGCGCCGGCCACCACGGUGGAGCUGGAGCAGGUGCUGCAGAAGCGCCCGGACGGGCGCGCCAAGUGGCUGGCCAAGGCCUUGGUCCAGGCUUCAGAUGGGCGGCUGGAGCCUCAGAGUCUCUACAGCGUGGUGGCCCACAACCGCUUCAUCGAGGAGCUCAACGAUAAGGUGGGCAAGAAGAUGUACCGGGCUUUGCACGCCAACUUGCACGUCUUCUCCUCGAGACAAAAGAAGUUUCUGGAGAAGGAGUGCGCCCUGGCCAGGAAGUACGCCAAGACCGCCUUUGAGGGCGUGGCGAAGGAGGCGGAUGGGGAAGACGAGCGGCAAGAGCAGCAGGCGAGCGCCGUGGAGGAUAUGAUGGCAAGGUGCCGGGCUUUCGUGAGGGAAAGGCAGUCAGAGCGUGGGGAGCGCGCAGAAAAUGGAGGAGAUGGUGAAGAGCCGGAGCCGCCCCAGGUCUCCAUGGAAGAGGCGUCUCCAGCCAAACCCGAGUCUCCCGCAGCACUUGCCACUGCAGGGCGCGCCAGUCGAAGCAGAACUGCCGAUGCCCCGAAGGAAGAGGUCGGCGGUGUUCAGGUGAAAGAGGCCAAAGCGUCGAAGUCAGCGAAGGUGAGCAAGAAGCGAGCGAAGUCUUCGAGGAGCAGCGAUUCCAGCCGCAGCCGCCGUCGGAGGUCCAAGCGAUCAAGCUCAAGCUCAGGAAAGGAGAAGCGAAAGCGGAAGGAGAGGGACUCUGACGAGUCAUCCGACAGGAAGAAGAAACAGAAGAAGAAGAGUCGGCACUGA